GGAGAAGUUGGGGCCCCGGGGCCCAAAGGAGACAAGGGUGAUACUGUGGUGGUGGAGGGGCCCGCUGGAGCACGGGGCAGCAAGGGGGAGCCGGGAGAGCGUGGCCUGAAGGGCACAGAAGGGGACAAGGGGGACAAGGGGGAGCAAGGCAUGCCCGGAGAGAAGGGGGCGAGGGGCGAGCAAGGCGAGAAGGGCUCCACAGGCUUCCCUGGGGCACGCGGCCCUGGUGGGCAGAAGGGCCAGCCCGGCCGCGAUGGGAUCCCUGGAGCCCGGGGAGAGAAGGGUGACAUGGGACCCCUAGGCAUGCGUGGCCCCAAGGGUGACCGGGGCAUGAAAGGAGCCUGUGGCCUCGAUGGGGACAAGGGCGAGAAGGGAGAGCCGGGGAUCCCAGGGCGCUCGGGGCUGCCGGGGAGGAAAGGCGAGCCGGGAGAGCUGGGUCUGUCAGGACCACCGGGCAUCCCCGGGAAGGAGGGGCUCAUGGGACCCAAGGGUGACCGGGGAUUCGACGGGCAGCAGGGAGCCAAAGGAGACCAGGGAGAGAAAGGAGACCGGGGUGCCCCAGGCAUUAUCGGUGGCCCUGGUCCCCGGGGUAGUGACGGUGCUCCUGGCCCUCCCGGGCCCCCAGGGAGCGUUGGCCCACGAGGUCCUGAGGGCAUGCAGGGCCAGAAGGGGGAGAGAGGCCCCCCUGGACAGUCGGUGCCGGGGGGCCGUGGCACCCCCGGCGAGAGGGGAGAGCAGGGCAGUCCCGGCACCCAGGGGCUCCGUGGGGAGAAGGGGGAGCCGGGCAUGACGGAGGAGGAGAUCCGUGCUUUUGUCAGGCAGGAGAUGAACCAGCACUGUGCCUGUGGCGGCCACCUCCCACGGCACCUGGAUUCACGGCAGGACGAGCGGGUCAUGCUCGACACCGAUGACCUUGAGUACAACAGUGUGUAUGGGGACGACGAGGACUACGAUGAGGUUCCGGAGAUGGACAGCUCGGAGCAGUCUGCGAUGCGUG